AUGAAAUUUAAUAAACUUUUAUCCCCAGCAAUAGUUAUAUCCGAAUACUCUCAAAAAAUCCAAAAAAUCGAUCAAUUUACCAACAUAACAGAUAAUAAUAUCGAAAUCAUUCAAUGCGUGUUCUCUCAAAUUGACAGUAAGAAUUUUUCGACAAAUGGCGGAGCAUUAUUAUGCGAAAAUAAUGAAACAAAUGCAGUUAUUAUCAGAUCUGGCUUCAUUUAUUGCAAAUCUAUUCAAAAAGGCGGGUGCAUUUAUAUGAAUUGUAAAAGUGUUAACAUUUCCAUGACAUGUUUUGAAGAUAGCAGAGCCAUGGGAGGUUGCCAAGCUUUUUACCUUUCAGCGUCUUUAAUAGAUCUUGAUGAUAGUAUAAUAAGUGAAUGUGGAAUGAAGAAAAACGAUCUUGUAUCUACUACAACACAAUUUUACAAAAGCCCUAUAAGAAUUCAAAAUUCAAACGUAUCUUGUAACAGAAGAGUACUAUUUGACUGUGGAUUAACAUUCAUUGAGUGUUUACAUGCAGAAUUAGGAUUUACUUCUAUUGCAAAUAACCUCGGAAAUGGUUUAUUUAAUUUUGAAUUUAUAAAUCCAUCAAAACUCAACGCAUGCAAUGUAAUAAAUAAUUCUGGAUCAGAUGCUUCUCCAAUGAUUAACUUAAACAUUCAAAAUUUUGUUUUUCAAAAGGUUACAUUUGCAAAAAAUUCAAUUCCUCAAUUUUUAGAGAUCAUUAAUGCUAAGAGUAUAUUGUUCUCUAACUGUAGAUUUGAUUUAUCUCUCUUGGAAAUCGGUUCUUACGAAGAAAUACAAAUAACUUUGUGUAAGUUUGAACAAACGAAUCCAAACCUUAACAGAUUGAGAGAUCCACUUCAGUUUAGAUGCUACGCAUUAUCAGCAACUGAUCCUCCGGAAUUAAUUUUGGAAUAUAAUCCUCAUCUCGUCCAGAAGAAAGAAACAUUCUUCGCAGAGCCAACGAAAAUCGAUAUUGACAUGAAUAAAGAGCCAGAAGUCAAUUGGAUGCCGCCAAAAAUGCUUGCAAAGCAAUAUGGUUUAAUUUUGUUCACUUCGAUCAUAACACCUAUAUUUAUUGUUAUCCAUUGCAUUACUAGCAAAGGAUCACGUGAAAUUCGCGCGCUUAAUUAG